AUGGAAAUUUCAAAGGUUUAUAUAAUUGUUAUUGUAUCUUUCUUGUUGUUGUCUUUUGUUGUGGCUGAUUUUGGAUUUGAUCAUAACAUCAAAACUUUGAUUCCUCCUCCACCAAAAGCUUCUCACAAAAACUUAAAUUUUGGUUUACCAAAAUAUGUUCGCGUUCCAUCAUAUGGACUAAAUACCAGACGAUCUAAUUCUCCACCUCCACCAAAAACUUCUAACAAAAAUUUAAAUUUUGAUUUGUUGCCAAAAUAUGUGCCAAUUCCAUCCUCUGGACCUAAUAACAGACGAUCUGAUUCUCCACCUCCACCAAAAGCUUCUCACAAAAAUUUAAAUUUUGGUUUGUUGCCAAAAUAUGUGUCAAUUCCACCCUCUGGACCGAAUAACAGACGAUCUGAUUCUCCACCCCCACCAAAAGCUUCUCCCAAAAAUUUAAAUUUUGGUUUGUUGCCAAAAUAUGUGCCAAUUCCACCCUCUGGACCAAGUAACAGACGAUGUGAUUCUCCACCUCCACCAAAAUAUCCUUACAAUAACUAA